AUGGAGUAUCCUCGCUAUUUAGCCUUGUAUUAUUACAUCACCGAGAAAAGAUACCCAUUGAAUGUUGACGAGUCGACCAAACGCAAGUUGCGUUAUCAAGCUAAACGUUUCGAGGCGUACCGUGGCAAGUUGUAUCGUAGCUCUGAUGACCCUCAAUUCUUUGGCCCCGAGGUUUUACACGAAGGAAAUGUGGAUGAAGUUAUUGCUCAAGUACACAAUGAAGGCCAUUUUGGAGAAACCAAUACAUCGAGACGCAUUCGAGAAAACUUUUGGUGUCCAAGUUUAUCGCAACGUGUCAAGGAGUUUGUCAAGAGCUGCCAAACAUGUCAAUUCCGUCAACGAGUACCAAGGCGUAGAUACGCACAAGCACAUCCCAUUACUACACCCUCUCGUCCAUUCUUCAUGAUUGGAUGUGACGCUGUAGGUCCCACCCAAGAACCAACGAAGCAUGGCAAUCGAUAUCUUUUAGUUGCAGUGGAUUAUUUAACAAGAUGGCCGGUUGCUGCUGCAGUCCCAAACAUAAAUGAGGAAACGACGGCUGAUUUUCUUUUUCAUCAAGUGGUUAAAAUGUAUGGCGUUCCAUCUUACAUACUGACUGAUCGAGGCUCGAAUUUUACUUCUGGAUAUGUACGAGAAUUUUUACGUGAUAUGGGUUGUCGCCAUGUUACAACCACAGCAUACCGACCACAGAGCAACGGCUUAUGUGAAAGGUUAAAUCAAACUUUAACGCAAACGAUUGCCAAGAUCGCUCGUGAAGAAGAUAAAACGGACCAUUGGGAUGAAUACGUUGACAUGGCGCUGUUGGCUAUCCGCACGAUGCCAAAUGAAUCCACCAAGUACUCCCCUUCGAUGUUGCUAUUUGGAUAUGAUCGUGAGGUAGCACGUAAACAGGUGAAAGAUCGACAACUUCGUGACAAGCGUCGUUAUGAUCAAUACGUAGCACCUCGUAAACGCUUUCGGAUUGGUGAACAAGUUUUAAUGCGAGACAAGGCACCUGUUGGAAAAUUUAGUGACAGAUGGAUUGGGCCCCCUGUUGUAACCAAAAUCAACGAUCAUGGUACUUACCAUUUAACGGGACCUUCAUCAAGGAAACUCGAUGGCGCUGUACAUGGUGAUACGUUGGUACCAUUCUACCAAAGGAAGAACAUGGUACCAGAUGUUCAAGUUCAACGUGCCGCGCAAAACUUUCAAGCAUGGAUUGAUCGUUCAAGCAGAGAGUAG